AGAGUCUAAUGAGCCUAACAAUAAUAUAUAGCCACACAAGGAAACAUAUCAUCUUUUUUUCAUUUAUAUACAACUCUCUCUCUUGAAUGAGGAGAAGAACAAGAAAGAGCUAAUUACAACAAAAGAAAAAAAAUUAGUAUUUUUGCCAAAUUCAAACACAAAAAUAAUGAGUCUCUACAGUCUUGUGAUGAUGAAGAACAUCAGUCUCAUCUUUCUCCUCAUUUCUGGAUCACUUUUAUCAACUUCACUUGCAGGUAGACAGCUGAACUCUGGAGACCAGUUUGCCAAAGUGGUAAUGGAUGGAAUGACUCAAGAAGAGGAAAUGUUGAUGAUGAACAAGAAACACAUUCGGCUGGUUCAUGAGAGGCUUCUGAGGUCUAACACAAGAGACUAUGGCAAAUAUGACCCAACACCAGCUCUUGUUAAGCCUCCUUUCAAGCUCAUUCCCAACUGAUCAGAUCAUCAUCCAUUCACCACAUCUUCAUAUAUAUUACUCUAAGUCAUAUAUAUAUAUAUAUUUAUAGUCUAAGUAGUCCAAACAUAUGCAAAUCCAGCUGCUUUUGUGACCAGUUUGAGUUGUUGUAGAAUCUAAAUAAAUGAUGUUAUUAAAGACUCAUCCACUAUAUAUAAAGUAUAAUAUGUAUAAUUAGUAGUAGUAACUAAAGUAUGUGUUAGUAUAUUUUGUGGCAUAUAUAUAUAUAUGCAUACUUAAAAGUUUUGAACCGUAAUUAAUAUGAUAAUGUUUAUAUAAUAUA